AUGUCGUCGGUGUCGGCGCAGGGCGUGGUGGAGCGCGCCUCGGCCGAGCUGUCGCGCCGCAUCACGGGGCUGGGCCUGCGCGGCCGCAGGCGCUCGCCCGGCGUGGUGGAGCGCGUGGCCAACGCGCUGUGCGGGCCCGCCGCCGCGCCGCCGCGCGCGCCGCGCCGCCGCCGGCCCUCGCCCCGGCCGCUCGUCUGGGCGCAGUUCGUGCUCGAGGAGAGAUUCCUCGAAAAGUUUUUUCUGUACUACACCCCGAACGAAAGGAGAACGCUCGCUCAGGUGUGCACGAAGUGGCGCGACAUUCUCUAUUCGUCGCCGCGGUGGUGGUCCGGACUCGUAGCCGUGCUGGACUGCCGCGAGCUGCGCUCCGAAUCCGGCUGUUGUCUCCAGAGGUUUUAUAAUUCGGUGGUCCGGAGGGGUAUACGGGGUGUAGUUUUGAUAUCUGCUACCGACGACGAUAUAAAUGAAUUUAUUAAACAGUUUCCUCUAUCGGCACAUCACAUACAUGCUAUUGGAUUAAAAGGAUGCACGAUAACAGAUCGAGGAUUAGAAGCUAUUCUAGACCAUUUACAGGUUCUUUUUGAACUUGAACUAACGGGCUGCAAUGAGAUAACAGAGGCUGGAUUAUGGGCAUGUUUAACUCCGAGAAUUGUGUCACUUACGCUUACUGAUUGCAUUAACAUUGCUGAUGAGGCUGUGGGUGCAGUUGCUCAGCUUUUACCAUCAUUGUACGAGUUUUCAUUACAAGCUUACCAUGUGACGGAUGCGGCUCUUGGCUAUUUCUCACCUAAGCAAAGUGCUUCAUUGAGUAUAUUGAGAUUACACAGCUGCUGGGAACUCACUAACCAUGGUGUCGUAAACAUCGUGCACUCGCUGCCCAACCUGACGGUGCUGUCGCUGAGCGGCUGCAGCAAGGUGACGGACGAGGGCGUGGAGCUGCUGGCCGAGAACCUGCCGCGCCUGCGCAGUCUGGACCUGAGCUGGUGCCCGCGCGUCACCGACAACGCGCUGGAGUACAUCGCCUGCGACCUCAACCACCUCGAGGAGCUCACGCUCGACAGGUGCGUGCACAUCACGGACAUCGGCGUGGGCUACAUCAGCACCAUGCAGUCGCUGGCGGCGCUGUUCCUGCGCUGGUGCUCGCAGCUGCGCGACUUCGGCGUGCAGCACCUGUGCGCCAUGCGCUCGCUGCAGCUGCUGUCGCUGGCGGGCUGCCCGCUGCUGACGUCGGGCGGGCUGUCGAGCCUCAUCCAGCUGCGGCAGCUGCGCGAGCUGGAGCUCACCAACUGCCCCGGCGCGUCGCCCGAGCUGCUGGACUACCUGCACGAGCACCUGCCGCGCUGCCUCGUCGUCGAGUGAGCGCCCCUGACCUGCAGCUGGAGCUCACCAACUGCCCCGGCGCGUCGCCCGAGCUGCUGGACUACCUGCACGAGCACCUGCCGCGCUGCCUCGUCGUCGAGUGAGCGCCCCUGACCUGCAGCUGGAGCUCACCAACUGCCCCGGCGCGUCGCCCGAGCUGCUGGACUACCUGCACGAGCACCUGCCGCGCUGCCUCGUCGUCGAGUGAGCGCCCCUGACCUGCAGCUGGAGCUCACCAACUGCCCCGGCGCGUCGCCCGAGCUGCUGGACUACCUGCACGAGCACCUGCCGCGCUGCCUCGUCGUCGAGUGAGCGCCCCUGACCUGCAGCUGGAGCUCACCAACUGCCCCGGCGCGUCGCCCGAGCUGCUGGACUACCUGCACGAGCACCUGCCGCGCUGCCUCGUCGUCGAGUGAGCGCCCCUGACCUGCAGCUGGAGCUCACCAACUGCCCCGGCGCGUCGCCCGAGCUGCUGGACUACCUGCACGAGCACCUGCCGCGCUGCCUCGUCGUCGAGUGAGCGCCCCUGACCUGCAGCUGGAGCUCACCAACUGCCCCGGCGCGUCGCCCGAGCUGCUGGACUACCUGCACGAGCACCUGCCGCGCUGCCUCGUCGUCGAGUGAGCGCCCCUGACCUGCAGCUGGAGCUCACCAACUGCCCCGGCGCGUCGCCCGAGCUGCUGGACUACCUGCACGAGCACCUGCCGCGCUGCCUCGUCGUCGAGUGAGCGCCCCUGACCUGCAGCUGGAGCUCACCAACUGCCCCGGCGCGUCGCCCGAGCUGCUGGACUACCUGCACGAGCACCUGCCGCGCUGCCUCGUCGUCGAGUGAGCGCCCCUGACCUGCAGCUGGAGCUCACCAACUGCCCCGGCGCGUCGCCCGAGCUGCUGGACUACCUGCACGAGCACCUGCCGCGCUGCCUCGUCGUCGAGUGAGCGCCCCUGACCUGCAGCUGGAGCUCACCAACUGCCCCGGCGCGUCGCCCGAGCUGCUGGACUACCUGCACGAGCACCUGCCGCGCUGCCUCGUCGUCGAGUGAGCACCCCUGACCUCUCGUGCUCUGUGCACUUCACUGAGCUCUGUUCCCUCGUGUCGUGUCCUGAGAGCACGGUCGUUUCUGUACCGUACCGUUUCCGACCGUUUUUUACCUAUGGUCUACUAAAUGUGUAAGAAUAUGUGAUCUCUUUUAAACGACUGACAUUUUUUUAUAAGUUCAAUUUUAAAUCCAAAGAUUUUUUUUAUUCGGUUUUCGAUGUGUUAUUUAUUUUCGUGUUCGUAACGUUGUCAUUCGGACACCGUGCCAAAAAUAAUUGUAUUGUUUCUAUUGACGUUUCUAUGUUUUCUAUUGUAAUUAGUAAUGUUUCUAUUGACAUUUUGAGUUUUUAUAACAUACCUUGGACACAGGAAUACUUUCCUAAUCUCAUUAAUUGCUCAAUUAAAUCCCGUAAAUAAAAAAUAAAUCUCUUUUAAA